CGCUGAAAUGACAGACGUCAAAGUUGCAUGCGUUUGUUUACAUUUGGAAAAACAAAAGAAUAUUAUUUUAUCAGUGAAAGACGAUGUCGGAAUCGUCAACAAUAACUGUUACAUUUAUCAACAAUGCUGGUUUCAUUUUCAAUGGACAAGACUACAUGACACUUCGCAAGACUUACCGAAUAAUAGGAAAUUUGGUUGGCUCGUCGUUGAUAAGCUCUCGCAACUUUAGUCACAAAGGUCUUCCUGUACUAUUAAGUCAUCUCGAACUGCAGCUCCUGCUCGAAAAAAAUAUCAUCUCCCUUCUGUCGAAGAAAGGCCUAUCAGCUCAACCAACGGAAGAGCAACAAUUGCAAUUUAAAAAUUUCCAAUCCAGUCAUUUGGCUGGUCAGCAUGAAGUGCUACGCGACAAUAAACUCAAUGAGAGCCGAAAGUACAUUGGCGAUAUUAUGCGAGGAAAAGAGAAGAAAUUGCUGAAAGCGGGCGUGAAGAAAGAGGACAUUCAUCUGAACGAAGAAGAUGUUCUGAAGGACAUACGCGAUUCGUAUGAUUUCAGUGAUGACAACGCGUUAAUUCAAAUACCAACGGAGCAUCCAUUUGAUGUCGAAUCCGAACGUAUCACCCUUACCGCCGACAGUACAUUUAAAUACCGAGUCUUCAAAGACCUGUGGGAACGCGGUGGAACUAUCACAUCAGGUGAAUCAUUCGGUGGCGACUUUCUGGUCUAUCCCGGCGAUCCAUUGUACUUUCAUGCGUCGCACAUAGUCCAUGUCGUGGAGAGUAGUAACAUUUCCCCGGUCACGAUGAUGUCAUGCGGUCGACUCGCUGUCAAUGUGAACAAACAGUGUCUGUUCGCUGUGUUGGACGUUGAUCGAGACGAAAUUUGUUACUUGAAUAUGUCGUGGGAAGGGAAUAAGUCGGCGAGACUGAUGGAAAAUAAAGGCAUCGAGAACAGUUGACAA